AUGCAAGAUUUCGACGUGCCACUCUAUCUACACGCGGAGUUUCUCCCAAACAUCCGGCAGAUAACACUCUACGUCUCCCUUCCCGGAACAGCAGCAUUGCAAGGAAUCCGACCAGAAGUCCAACUCUCCGAGUCAAGAAAAGCAGUCACCGUCUCACUCCCAAAGCCCUUUGAAAAUGUCACAGAAACAAUUAAACUGCCAGCGCGAGUUAACGAGGCGUCUCGACGCGCAUUGAAAAGCUCCGCGCCAGCAGCGAAAUCAGAUUCCCAUAGCGCGGAGAGCGCGAGCUAUGACUUCUCGUUUCGCAUGCAGAUUGAUCCAGAGGAUGAGGUGCUGGCGCCUCAGGACGAACUAAUUGAUGAUUUUGUUCCCUGGACAGCAGAAGAGAUGUCAUCCUCGACGCGGAUUCGUUGUCGGGGGUGUGGAAAUGUGUUCCUGGAUCCUUCGAUACCCGACUCGCAUGAACAACCUGAUAAAGACUUUGCUGGAUGGGUCUGGAAAGAUCUUCCGAGUGGCAAUUGGGCUGAGAUGAUGGAUUUCUGGCACUGUCAUAAACCCGACCCUCAUGAGGACCAUGAUAAAGAUGAGAAGGACUCUGCGCUGAAGAUCGAGGAUCAAACUGCGCAGACUAAAGGAUAUGGUGCGGAAAGCCAUGUUGUGGCUAUUUCGGGGACGGUGCUUGUGGAUGUUGCCACUUUUCUCCUUGCGGAGGGAGAUUGCACUGGGUUGAGAAAGGGCGAUGACGAAGAACAAAAAUCCACAACUGCAGUCUCAACCCAACGAACCCUCGACUGUGCAAACUGCAACGCCAUAAUCGGCAUGGAAGAUCCCAUCGCCAACGGAUGGCGACUCCUAAAAGCCAACGUCUCCCUGAACACCAAAUCCACCGAUUCAGAUCCAGACUGGGAAGACCAUGCAACCGAAACGAUCGUCGCCGCCCAACUACUCGAAUUGAUCGAGCGAGAAAGCGCGCGCCGAUUCGUCGUGCACUGUGGACAGAAGAACGGUCUCGUCCUUUGGGUCUUCAAUCCAGACAUGCGAUACUCGAAUUCCAGCGCUGGAUGCAGUAUUAUGGCGCAGCAGGCGAUGAAGGUCUUCUACCAGGAAUCUGCUGACGUGGAUGGACUUCUUCAUCCGGAGAUUGGAAACCCGUCACCGUUGUCGGUUGAAGAGCUGGAAUUGCCAUCAAUGAUAUUCGAUGCUAUGUCCCGUGCGUUGAACGGGAGUAACGAGAUGCUUCCCGUCUCUGCGAGGAGGUUUAAUGAGUGGCAUGUUGGGUUUCUGAGUCGGUAUAAGCGCGGGAAAGCUUAG